CUCAUCACCACACCGACUGAGGAACGACGCCGGAAGACAACUCUAACACUCCGCCAUGUCUGACGACUCUGACGGAGAGACCCGUCGCAAGCGAAUCCGCCAGGCCUGUCUCAACUGCAGGAGGAAGAAAGUCCGCUGUGGGGGCGAGAAGCCCGUUUGCACGUUCUGUCGCCGAUUGUCACAGAAAUGCACCUACGUCGAAGAUGGGCGCAGUCAUCGCCCGGGUUCGGCUUCAUUCUCUGCAUACAAUGACACACCGGAAUCUGUGCUGGAACCUAUUCUGUCAUCCAUUGCAGGACUUCACCAAAACCACGGACAACCAUCACCAGCCCAGUUCGACCCAUCGCCCGAGCAACCGACCCCUGUGAGCCCGGAAGAUAUGCCCGUCUCGAUACCGGAAAGGGAGGAAAACGCCACUGAAAACACACUCCCCCCGGUGCAUACGCUACAAUCCGCCGCUGACGUGUACUUUCGAUACUGCCACAAUCAACCCUACUCAUUCUUUCACGAGCCAACCUUCCGCCGUCGUCUAGCAUCCGGCGAACUGCCCACCCACCUCGUCUGGGCUCUCCUCUCAGCAGUCCGCCGCUAUACGUCACUUCCAGAUCUUAACUUGAAAUCUGAAGAUGAUGCUAUGGUCUACGCAGCAAGAGCGUGGGGAUGUCUUAAGCUGCCGUGGGGUGGUGUUCCCGACGACGAAGAUGCCCUCCUCGUGGUACAGACAAUCAUCCUAAUCGCCAGUACCGAGCAUCCUGCUGGCCACUGUGCAUCGGCAUACAUGAAACUGGGCUUCGCCCUCCGCAUCGCGUUGCAUUCCAAGCUCUACAUGGAACCCAGCGCAGACUUAUCGCCUAUUGUCCGGGAAGAACGCAAGAGGACAUUUUGGUCUCUGUACUUGCAGGAUAAGUUGGUAUGCCUUUCCAGGGAGCGACUCUCAUCCCUGCGUGACGAGGAGUGCAAGAUCCAGUUGCCCUGCUCCGAGGCUGCUUUCAAAGAGGGGAGAAUUGAAGAAGCCCCUCUCUUGUCGUCAGUCACUGGUGACUGUCUGGACCAGGAAGCUGCUGAUGCAUGCUGCCCACUUGCUCUUAUCGCGGUCAUGGCAUCGACUUUGAGCCGCGUAUCAAACUACGUCCUCCAGGAAACGCGGUAUUCCCAGCUAGGGCUACCGUGGGCAUCCACGUCCCCGUAUGCUGCCAUAUCGUCUACCCUUCUCCAGCUAGAACACUAUUUUGGCGUAAAUGAAGACCCGAAGGAGAGCUUGGGGCGCCGGUGUUUCGUGGACGGGGCUAUUGACCAGAACUUAGCUGGCUCAUUCAUCUACUCAAAGGCACUUUUCCAUCUUUCCCACUGUCUACUCCACCACCCGUUUCUCCUUCAUCAACGGGUGCAGAAGCUCAAGCAAAGAACCCCCCCGACGUUCAUCAAGUCUGCAUGGGAGAACUGCAGGGCACAUGCGAAGAGCCUAACAGAUCUGAAGGAUAUGAAAAACCACAAUGUCAUUAUCCUCACGUCAUUAUACGGCUACUGUACCAUGGUUGCGGGCACAAUACAUGUGCUGUCUAUGAAUGACGAAGAAGUCUCUGUUCGGGAGGAGGGAAAGGAGCACUACCUGGCUGCGCUUGAGUUCUUAAGAGAGCUAUCUUGUUAUUGGAAGCAUGCAGCUCUUAUGGUCAACCGACUAGAACGAUUCCGUCUCCAGUGCGAAAAUCGCCGCCAAGGGCUGGAUCCAUGCACUCCGAAUGCGAGCCAGUCACCACAUGACGCGAAAGCCUUGUGGCAAAGCCUUGAUUACGCCUUGCUGUCUACACCGACUCGUCCCGGAAGUCCCACGCCAGGAGCCCCGACCAGCAGUGCAGAAUUCUUCACCUCGCCAAGUCAGCUGUUUGAUUUUGCCGACUUUGGCAUGUUUGUUGAGGGAGUCGACGUCUUUGGUUCUCUCCCGCUGUUUGAAAAUAAUAUGGUCUUGGCUGGGGAGGAUUUGGGACACCACACGGCGUUGGAUAUAGCACCUGGGAGCUAACAUGGCGGGUUGAACUCGGCAUCUUCGUUCCCAACACUAUGAUGAUGGAAAGAAAGCUCAUGGAAUCAAGAGGAUUCUUGAUAGCGUUCGCAGAUAAUACAGUGCAUCAUCGGCUGACCCUUGGACUGCAAGAAAUAUGAGUCCAUGAGGAACACACUGUUGUACUGAGAAAUGUGAUGAAUAAAGAACGGAUAAAAGAACUCCCAGUGAGGUAGAUGUAAAUGUAUAGGGAGAGUGGG